AUGGUGUCAUGCCGUUGCUCAGUCUGUGAUUGUGGUCCAAUGAGACUGAGCUAUUUGUAUGAACAUCUACGGCGUGCUCAUAAUUGGACUGAUGAACAGAUUCGUGAAGAAGAAGUGGCAAUCAAAGCAAAAAGAUAUUCUGAAAAAGGCAAUCUCAAAUGUGAUGCAUGUGACAGGACGUUCCUGAGCGACCAAAGCUGGCGCCAUCACUGGAAGAGAGCACAUGUCGGAGUAGAACGUAUUGCUGGCUUCUACGUGGUUUGCCCAAGCUGUCAACAAAAGUUUCCAGAUGCCACAAUACUCGUAAGACAUUGGAGAGAAGAACAUGAACAAGAAAUAGAUCAAAGCGUGGAUCCGAACUUCUUUUUAGCGUCGCUAACCCGAACCCUGCGAGAAAUUGACAGUCUCGAACGAAGGAAGCGACCACCACCAUUAUGCAAUCCAGGAUGGCGCUGGAGAGGAAGAAAGAAAACCCCCAAAGAGCCACCUGUACAAGAGAUGAGUGAUAGAAAAGAUGAACCUGGUACUGCUGGAGAUACGCUUUUUCAAAAGGUAGUAAAAGAGGAAGAACCUGGUCCAUCUUAUUAUCCUGAUCAGGGUACUUCCGAGAUGAAUUUGACGGAUGAGGGGCAAGACGAGGAUCUGAGUGAAAAUUCGGUGAAAAAGUCGGACCGACCACAAAAAGUCGCUGGAUUACGUAGAACCAGAGCUAAUGAAACACCAGAGGAAAGAGAGGAGCGCCGGCGAUUCAAAGCGGAGAGAGCACGCAUCCGACGAUAUCAAAAUAGGCUUCGUCAGGAGAAGGGACGGGAAGUGGUGGAAAACCCCGUCAAAGUUGUUGAAAUACGUCCACAAAGCGCUGAGGGCAAUUCAAAGCAGUAUCCUGCAACUGCUGCCGACAUUUUACCAAUCGUCAGUGCUCAGAUUUCUCCCAGAAGGUUGAUUCCUUCGAUAGAGCGAAAGAAGUACGUUCAUCUACGUGAUCGAUCUAGUUUCUUGUCCACUAGUACAAGUUCGCUUUCUGCAGAUCAGGGCAAUUCAAAGCAGUAUCCUGCAACUGCUGCCGACAUUUUACCAAUCGUCAGUGCUCAGAUUUCUCCCAGAAGAAUAAAAUGCUACGCCAUUGUUGGUAUUGAGUCAGAGGAGGAGCGGCGAAGAUUCUCUGAACUAGUGAUGAGCAAUGGUUUCCGUGACCUGAAGUUUGUUAGUGGACCAUUUGACGAGCCCAGGAAUGGUACUCUAACAUCUAAAAAUGAACAGCUCUCCGUUAAGAGCAUUACUCCAUGUGCCUCGUCUCAGUCUCAAAAAAAUCCGCCAAGAAAUCUGAAGAAGAAGAUCGCCCCAAAAAUGGAAAUUCGCAACCAACCUCGAGCGCCGCCUGUGACUUCAGGUGACAGUGGAUCUGUAUUGAGUUAUCUUAUAGCGAAGGGGGAAGCUGUCAGUGAAGAUCAAUCAGAACAGCCGACUUAUCAAGAUGAUCAAGAAUCCAGCUGCAGCAGCAGGUCCAGUGAAAUUGGUGAUGUCUACCCCAUCACGAGACAGAGGAAAGCCGCAAUGCAGAAAUUGAAAAAUUCAUGUAUGGUCUGUGGACUGCAAGGACAGCCAGAAGAGAUAAGAAUGUCGUCAUGCAAGGGUCAAGAAAAUGCUGUACUUUUCGCCUGUCUAUGCGCUCAGAACAUUGUUGAAAUAAAGGAAGCAAGGAAGAUGUAUGAAAAGACACUGAAUUCAAGUGUGCCUAUAUGUCAUGACCAUUAUANUCAAGCGGCUGAAUUCAUUGGGAAGGAAGUGGAAAUGAUAUGCGGCAGGUUUCCAGACCGUGGUUUUGCUGAUAUUCCGUCUAAUGUGAAGGACAAUUUGUUGUCAUCAGUGCAGAAUUAUGCAAAUCGUGUUGGGGACACUGUUUUGAUGUUUGACGACGUUUCAAGCUUCCUGAAUGAAAGUUUAAUGAAAUAUUACGAUAAGUCUUCCUGGAGCCCGCAACGGACCAACUCAAAACAAUCUAGUAAAGAGGGAGACAGGAUUACAUCUACCACAAAGAGACGAUCUCCAAAGAGUUCAAAGUACUCAGCACGCGAAUGUCCUGUAGAAGAACCGACGUCAUACUCUCCGAGUUCCACACAUGAAAAGCCAAGGAAUGAAGUAGAAGAAGGAGACUCAUGUGAAGUGACUGCAAUAGAUUUGCUAGGAACAUCGAAUCCCACUCGUUCCCCUUCCCCCAUUCAUUCUGUGGUCGUUAUCAGCUCUCCUUCAACCGACAGUAAAGCUUCGAUCUCCACAACCCCAACGAGGUCGCCUGGAAAAGAUCAAGAUGCAUUGAGGUGCACUGACAAAAAGGACAUUAUCGCCGUUCCAUUCGGAAUGAAACUUCGAGACCAGUCGACGUUGAUAGGCACUCUUAACGAUGAUGAUUUCUGGAAUCAUUUUCGAAUCACACGCAAAACUUUCACAGCGCUCUGCUCGGUAUUGGAGAAGAUUUUGAGUUCAAAAGGAGAUCAGACGAUCAGUAGUUCAACCGCAAUCAAAUUGGGAACUACUCUGGAAAUUUUGGCCGGGAAUACUCGUCCGUCGACUUCUUUCACGGCAGGAGACGUGGCUCGCAUUUUUGCCGACGUUAUCGCUGCCCUAGCUGAAUGGUCCACAACGAUGGUACAAUGGCCAGAUGAGUGGGAGCGGAAAAAAAUUAGCGAGAACUUCUUUGAAAUGACUGGCCUGAAAGAUAUCGUCGGCUGUAUCGAUGGAACAUUAGUAAAAGGUACACAAAGCUUAAACGUCGGACUUGUGGCAGAUGACAGCAAACGUUUUCGAUGGGUAUUUGCAAAGUUCCACUCAAAGGAGGAUGACGACUCAGUCUUCAAACAAAGUUCACUAUGCCAGCAAUUGAGAGACGGUCGAAGAAAAGGAAUUCUAAUAGGUGAUGAUGCUUACAAAAGGGAGAGUUUCUUGUUGACACCAAACCGGGGAAAAGACUGGAUGACAGUGCUAAUUUUUCAAGAAGAGGACUUCGCUAUGGCUAAUACAGUAAGAAAUGCUCAUCUGACGGUACAGGAAGCGAUUACAAACUGGAAAAGGCAGUUUCCUAUACUGAAUGGUACAAUUAGAUUUCCAAGAGUAGCACGAGUAGUUGUCUGUUGUGCGGCACUGUACAACCUGUCGCGAUCGGAAGGCGAGCCUUUGUUCGAAGCUGAAAAUGAAACAAGACAGCCAACAGACGAGACAGAUGAACAAUGCCUUACCGUUGCCGAGUAG